GUCCAGUCUGGCAGAUUACGGUUGCUGUCUAAAAAUACAUUGUGCGGCUGGGUUAUGGAGGAGGAGUGACAAGGUCUGCUUACGCACAGGACUUCUCUCUGAGCUCUCUGCACGGAGGAGUUGUGUGCAGCAGACCUCCAAGCGCUGUGUAAAUCUGUCCGUGCGCGCUCCUUUUCCAAGUUUUCUCAUGGAGUCGGUACACCUGGGGAAACUGAGGCGUGGAAGAAAUGGGACAACGUCUUUCUGACCCUUUCACUUGAUCGACGUGUGGCUUUCCUGCCAGGGCACUGCGUGGCUGCAGCAGCCUGACACUGCGACCAGAAACCUCCGGUCCUGCUGUGGGCAGCCCUACGGUGACGAUGAGGAGGAGCAAGAGGAAGUAACUGAGCCUGUGACUAAGGCGGAGAGAAUAUCAAGGAAGGUUUUCUCAUACUAAUGUUUAUUGGAGUAGUUUCCUCGAGAAGGGCGAGAGAGUCAGACCUUGAGUCACUUUGGGCUAGAGACGGUUUCUCAGGGAAUCAUGGACAAGGACAUGAACAACCUGGAGGAAGGCGUGGAGUUCCUCCCUGCCAUGAACUCCAAGAAGAUGGAGAAGCGCGGCCCAAAGCGGCGGGUGGUCGUCACCGUAGUGGUCAUUGUUUUCCUGCUCAUCUCCCUCGUCACCGGCCUCCUGGUUUGGCACUUCCAAUACAGGAACGUGCCCGUCCGCAAGGUUUUCAAUGGCCACUUGCGGGUUCUGAACUGGGACUUCCUUGAUGCUUACGAGAACUCCAGCUCGCCGGACUUCAUCAUGCUGGCCAAGAAAGUGAAGAGCACGGUGGAGGAGAUCUACAGGAAUCAUGCAGAUAUUGGCCCUUACCACAAAGAGACAGUGAUAACUGCGUUCAGCGAAGGCAGUGUCAUUGCCUACUACUGGUCAGAGUUCCAUGUCCCCAAGUACCGGGAGGAGAGUCUGGACAGGGCGAUGGCGGACAAGCAAAGCCUGGUCCAGAGGUGGAACCCCCGCCUGCGAAACCCCAUGCUGAAGGUGGAGUCGGUCGUCGCUUUCCCCGUUGACCCCAGCAUAGCUUACUCUGCUCGGGACAAGAGCUGCGUGUUUGCCCUCCACGCCAAGGAAGGGGAGAUCACCACUUUCACCACGCCGGGCUUCCCCAACAGCCCGUACCCCAACAACGCGCUCUGCUACUGGGCACUGAGGGCGGACGCCAACUCCAUCAUCAGCCUGACCUUCAAGACGCUGGAGCUGGAGCAGUGCACGGAUGACAGUGACUACAUCAAGGUGUAUAACUCUCUGAGCCCCGUGGAGCCCCAUGCUUUGGUGAGGCUCUGUGGGAAUUACGCCCCAUCCUACAACCUGACCUUCCUGUCCUCCCAGAACGUUAUGCUUGUCACGUUGGUUACCAACAAGGAGGGGAGAUUCCCUGGCUUUAAGGCUGAGUUCUUCCAGCUUCCAAAGAUGAAAGUCUGCGGUGGGACUCUGAAAGGAGAGAGUGGCACCUUCAUGACUCCCUAUUACCCGGCACACUACCCCCCAGCCACGGACUGUGUCUGGAACAUAGAGGUUCCCUCUAACAAGAACGUGAAGGUGCGUUUCAACACGUUCUUUGUGCUGGAGCCCGGGAUCCCCGUCAGCCACUGCACCAAGGACUACGUGGAGAUCAACAGCACGAAGUACUGUGCGGAGCGUCCCCAGUUUGUGGUGGCCAGUACUAAUAACAAAAUAGAGGUCCGGUUCCACUCAGACCAGUCCUACACGGACACUGGCUUCUCAGCUGAGUACCUGUCCUACGACUCCAGCGAUCCCUGCCCUGGCAAGUUUACCUGCAACACUGGCCGCUGCAUUGACAGAAGCAUGCGCUGCGAUGGGUGGCUGGACUGCGUAGACGGCAGCGACGAGAGAUCCUGCACCUGUACCGACCAGCAGUUCAGGUGCCAGAACGGCUGGUGCAAGCCCAAAUUCUGGGUCUGCGACAAUGUGAACGACUGCGGCGACAACAGCGACGAGCUGCAGUGCAGCUGUGCAGCUGACAGCUUCAAGUGCAACAACGGGAAGUGCAUCCCUGACACACGCAAGUGUGACGGCAAGGACGACUGCGGGGACGGGAGCGACGAGGGCAGCUGCAGCAAUGCGGUCCACACAGCAGUCCCCUGCAAGGAAUACACGUACAAGUGCCGCAGCGGGCGCUGCAUCAGCAAACAGAACCCGGAGUGUGACGGGGAGCAGGACUGCGAAGACAAUUCUGACGAGGAGAACUGCAACUGCGGGAUCCGCUCCUACGUGAGGAAGUCACGGAUCGUCGGUGGGCAGAACUCGGAUGUGGGAGAAUGGCCGUGGCAGGUCAGCCUCCACGUCAAGGGCCAGGGCCACAUCUGCGGGGCCUCGCUGGUCUCGGAGAGCUGGCUGGUGUCGGCCGCGCAUUGCUUCCUGCAGCUGCAGGGCAUCAGGUACUCCGACCCCAGCCUGUGGACAGCCUACCUGGGCCUGACCAACCAAGGCAACCGCAACGGAGCCAACGUGCAAACACGGAAAAUCAAGCGCAUCAUCUCCCACCCCUUCUUCAACGACUACACCUACGACUACGACAUCGCCGUGGUGGAGCUGCAGAGCCCCGUCACCUUCUCCUCCGUCGUCCAGCCCAUCUGCCUGCCCGACACCACCCACAACUUCCCCGUGGGCAAGGACCUGUGGGUCACCGGAUGGGGAGCGACCAUGGAAGGAGGCAGCGGAGCCUCCAUCUUGCAGAAAGCAGAAAUCCGGCUCAUCAACCAGACUGUGUGCAACGAGCUGCUGACCGACCAGCUGACGCCGCGCAUGAUGUGCGUGGGGAUCCUGACGGGCGGCGUGGACGCCUGCCAGGGAGACUCCGGGGGUCCCCUGGUCAGUGUGGAACCCAGCAAUCGGAUGUUCCUGGCCGGUGUAGUGAGCUGGGGCGACGGCUGCGCGCAGAGAAACAAGCCUGGAGUCUACAGCCGGCUCACCAGCCUGCGAGACUGGAUUAAAGAGCAGACGGGCCUUUAGGGACAUGCUUAUCCCUGCGUGGAGACGGACAUCUCUUGUACAUCGCCGGCUGGAGACACUGGGUAUUGUCAUUUCCUCCCGGCAGGGCACAGCUUCUACUGUGAACUUCAACCCUCCCUCUACCUCGCUGCAAGCGCCUGGGACUCUGUGUGUGUGUGUGUACCAAACAGCCAGAGCUGAUGGUUCCAGUCAGCCCCUUUGUAUUCCCACCUCAGAAAUCAAUGUUUGGAGUAAGAAAUUUCCUUUUGGGGGUAAGCUAGCACAGCUCCCAUUCAAGAUACAUAUAAAAAACAAUAAACACUGUGUGUGUUUAGAGGCAAACUUUAUUGGGACAGGUUCAAAAACAAGCUUUCAGAAUAUAUUCUAUCUCCUUCGUUUGUUUUCAAACUGCCAUCCGCACCCCUUUCUCUGGUCUUCAGUCAUGGGGGGGGGGAAGAAGUUCUUACCUUGGUUUUGGGGGGAGCCCCUUCAGGAUCCCUCCCCUGGUGUUAUCCCAUGCUGUGGUCUCCUCCUUCCAUCCCCUGCUCGCGCCGAGCCCAGAGCUGUGCGACUGAAAGAGAGAAGUUUGGCUGAAACAUGCUGUUGCUCCCCCCGCCCCGAGGGAAGCAGCACCUGGGGCUGCUGGCACCGACUGUCAACCGCCUGAGACCUGGGCCCGUUGGCAUCACCACCAUGUGCCUUAACAAACGCUACACUGCGGUUUAGCUGAUGCGUCUUCGUCUGAGCUCCAGCUGCUUGGAGCAGCUGCUUUCCCCUUCCUUGCUGUGACGAGCAGAAGGGCUGCGUUGAUUGCAUUCCUGGAGCUUGACCCCUGCAACGACGACGCAGGUUAGCUAUGCCAGACACCAGACGCUUAGACCCAUCUUAAUUUUGUAAAGGAAAAUGUAACAAUGUGACUUGUGAAUGUGCUGAUUUGAUUUCUUUUUGGUGUGUAGCCUGUUCCUUGCCCUAGAAGAGCACACUCCAAUUGAGUUUUAGUUAGCCCCCUCCUUACCUGUAAAUAACAUUGUUUUGUAAAACUCUAUAUGAAGUGGAGAUGCUCUAAUAAACUGGGAUAUUUUCUAAUA